UCUACCACUCAGCGUGUUCUUCCUUCUUCCCUCCAUCUUGAUACCAGCUUUCCCACCUUAAACAACCAGAUGAUAAGCUGUCCCACCCUCACCCUCUCGACCCUAAACAACCAGAUGACAAGCCGUCCCACCCUCACCCUCUCGUUCCCACUUUGCUUCCUUCUUCCAAACCCCAUACCACAGCCCAUAUCUUCUUCGUUAUUAACCUUCCCUGCCUUCCCCUUGCUAGUACAGUCUCUGGCUUCCUCUCUUGUCCCUAGCAAUCGACGCGUGGCUGAGAUUGCUUACAAACCCACUCCUGACCCCCCCUCUUCCCCAUUCCCAAACGAUUUCCCCCUCUUUCCUGAGCCAGAGCCGGAGAGUCUACCCCCUCUGCAUUUCGCACCUGCUGAGAAUUGCAUUGGCCCUUUGUUUGAGCUUGAUUUCCUUGUCCAAAAAAGCAAGGCUGUUUGUCGUUUGCUUGAGCUGGAGGAGGGAGAUGAUGAUCAAUCAAAGGUGGAAGCAGAUAUUAGACAGGUGGCUGAGGUUACGCAGAAGAAGAGGAGUAAACUUCACCGAACUAAGAAAGAGAUGGAAGAGCUGCGAAUUGGGCCUAUUGCGCCAUCAGUUGAAGGCCCUAGAACUAGAAGAAAGCGAGGUAUGGAACGAAAUAAGAAGGGCUUAUGUCUAGAAGAUUAAUAGCGUGGAAUGUUCGUGGAAUUGGGAAUUGCGAUAAGAGAGCAAGGAUCAAGAGACUUUUGCAAAUGAAAAGGCCAUCUAUUGUUGGUUUGACAGAAACAAAAUGGGAUUUGUGUGAUCAGAGGCUGGUGGUUUCUGUUAGCGGAUGCAGAAACGUGGAUUGGGUGGCAAAGAACUCUGUCAACUCUAGUGGUGGAAUUCUGAUCUAUUGGUCCACGAAUCUGUACAGGAAAAUUGAUGUUUGGGAAGGUAGUUUUUGCUUAGCUACAACCUUGGAAGACCUCACCAGUAAUCGGCAGUUUUCGGUGCUUAUUGUGUAUGGGCCUCAUGACAGAGACAGCAAAAUGAUUUUCCUGAACGAGGUUGCUGAGUUUUGCUCAUCUGCUUCUGUUCCAUUUUGCAUUGCUGGGGAUUUUAACUUGGUCAGGUCUCACGAUGAUUACACAGGGGCUGCUAGAAGCACGGAGAUGAUGCUUGCUUUUAAUGAAACUAUUUCUGAAGCUGCUCUUAUUGAGCUCCCCCUCAGUGGAGCGCGGUUUACGUUCAGCAAUCUUCAUGAAAGCCCGACUUUUUCCCGAAUUGAUAGGGCGUUUAUUUGUACUGAUUUUGAUUGUCUCUUGGGCAACUGCAGGCUUUCUGCUUUAGAGCGCGUUGAGUCAGAUCAUUGUCCGAUUAUGAUUGAAUGGGGGUUCGAGGAGAGGUUACAUCGGUACUGGAAGUUUGAGAACAUGUGGUUUCUUGAUGAGAGCUUUAUUGCUAACACUAGUGAGUGGUGGAAUUGUCAACCCAGAGGUGUUGGAGAUUUGUUUCUCUUUGGGCAAAGGCUGAGGAUGUUAAAAGAGAAAAUCCGCAAGUGGAACAAAGAGGAGUUUCGAAAAGUUGAUGUUAGAAUUGCUGAGAUCUUGGCUGAAAUUAAGAUGUUGGACGGGAAAGAAGAAGAUGGACCUAUCUCUGUGGAAGACAGGAGCAGGCGGGAUACUCUCAAGUAUGAUCUUGAUAAGGUUUUGCUUAUGGAGGAAGUGGCUUGGAGACAAAAAUCUCGGGAAAAUUGGCUUAAGGUGGGCGAUAUGAAUUCAAGGUAUUUUCAUGGAGUGGUCAAUCACAACAGAAGAAGGAAUUUCAUCAGCUCUCUCAAGUUUAAUGGGACGCCUGUUGAAGGGCAAUCUGCGCUCAAAGCGGCUUUUGUUGAGCACUACUCUGCCGUGUUCAAGGAGGAGAAGAAAGUCAGGCCUUUCCCUGCAAGCUACGGAGGGGUGACCAUCUCGGAUUGUGAAAGGAAUUCCCUCGUUCGACAAUUCUCUGAAGAAGAGAUCUGGAUGGCAGUUAGAAAGUGCAGGGGAGAUAAAGCUCCUGGACCCGAUGGCUUCUCUCUGGAGUUCUUCAAAAAAUGUUGGGAUGUGAUCAAAUCUGAUAUGUUGAAAGCCUUUGAGGACUUCUUCAUCAAAGGGGAGCUGCCGAUCUGCAUUGCUCACUCCUUUCUGUGCCUUAUUCCGAAGAAAGAGAGUGUUAUCGAGGUGAAAGACCUUAGACCCAUCAGUCUGAUUGGUAGUGUCAACAAAAUCAUUUCAAAGGUUCUUACGGAGAGAUUGAAACCGAUCAUGAGCAAGUUAAUUUCUGGAAACCAGUUCUCCGGCAUUCGUGGAAGACAAAUUCAUGAGGCUUCAUUGAUCGCUAAUGAACUGGUUGAUAGCAGGAGGAAAAGCGGGAAACCAGGGCUCAUCUUCAAACUCGACAUCGAAAAGGCUUUCGACAACGUGAACUGGGAAUGCCUUGUUAAGAUUAUGGCAAGCUUUGGGUUCCCUCCGGCCUUCCAAAGGUGGAUUCACGGCCUUGUCUCUUCGGCUCACCUCUCGGUCCUGGUUAAUGGGGAAGCUGCUGGGUUCUUCAAAAUUGGCAAAGGUCUUCGUCAGGGAGAUCCGAUGUCCCCUUUCCUGUUCAAUCUUGUUAUGGAUGUCUUAUCUAUGAUGCUUGAGCGGCUUCGUGUGGCGGGAUUAAUCACGGGUUUUUGUAUGGAUGAGGGCAAUAGGAGGGGUGAAGUGACCCAUCUUCUCUACGCAAAUGACACUAUUAUUUUCUGCGACGCCGAUGAAGAUCAGGUGAUGAACAUUUUAGCAACUAUUAUCUGCUUUCAGACUGUUACCGGGCUCAGAAUCAAUGUGGAAAAAAGCAAGAUGCAUCCGAUUGGUAGCGUGGACAACCCAGAUAGAUUGGCUGCCAUGUUCGGAUGUGGUUGGAGUUAUCUGCCUACAGUGUACUUGGGGCUCCCCUUGGGAGCCAGCCCAAAUUCAGUUUCGGUUUGGAACCCGGUUUUAACAAGGUUUCAGUCCAGAUUGGAAGGUUGGAGAGGAAAAUUUCUCUCCCUCGGUGGAAGGCUUACGCUUGCUAGCAGCGUGCUAUCUAGUCAGCCCCUUUUCCUCGGAUCUAUAUGCAAAGCACCUAAGUCGGUGAUCGGGAAGAUGGAGAAAUCUCUUCGGAGGUUCAUUUGGUCUGGCGUUCAGGAUAAAGGAAGAUACCAUCUUGUUAACUGGCAGUUGUGCAAGGCCUUAAAAAAAGAAGGAGGGCUGGGUAUUCUUGACAUGGCUAGCAUGAAUUCGGCACUUCUCUCUAAAUGGCUCUGGAAGUUCGCCACGGAAAAGGAAGCGUGGUGGAGGAAGAUGAUCAGUAUAAAAUUCCCUAACCCUUCUUCUUUGUGGAAGGCUGGACAGAUUGAUGGGAGGAUUGGAUGCUCGCUGUGGAAGUCUAUUGCUAAGGAAGAGUCUUGCUUCUGGAAGUUUGCUGUUGUUGAUCCGGGUGGUGGUGCUUGGGUGUCUUUCUGGCAGGACCGGUGGAACCAUGGUAUGACCCUCGGUGAAUCCUUUCCAAGAGUCGCUGCCGCUUCUGCUCUUCCACAAGGCUGGGUUUCUGAGUUCGUAUCCUUUUCUUCUGAGAGGGGGGUGAGCUGGAAUUUGCCUCUUAUUUUAUCAUUGAGAGGGGGGCUGAAAGAGAGAGGUGUGAUUUAUUGGAUUUCUUGUCAAACCUUCCUCCUGGUUCGGUUUCAUGUGGUCCUUGCAGGAUUAUGUGGUCGCCGUGUCCAAGAGCUGGCUUCUCUGUACGCUCAAUGUACCAAUGCCUGUGUCGCGAGAAGUUUCCGGGAGUGGCGAAUUUCCCGUUCAAGUCAGUAUGGAGAUCGAAGGUUCCUUCGAAAGUUAAUGGAUUUGCUUGGCUGCUCUUUCAUAAUCGCACUCUUACCCAUGACAAUUUAAAGAAGCGAGGAUGGAAUAUUGUGAGCAGGUGCGUGUUGUGCGAAGCGAACAUUGAGACUGCGUCCCACCUGUUCAGAAGCUGUGAGUAUAGCACUAGAAUUUGGGACAGAUUUAUGACAGUUCUGUCAGUUGGAGGCCCAUUCCCGAUCGAUAUCCAACAGUUGUUUGGAUGCUGGUGCCGAGAGGAUCCUGGUGAUUGGCUGGAUUGGUUCCGGUAUCUUUUCCUUCAUGGCUUCGUUUGGGAGGUGUGGAAGGAACGAAAUGAGAGAUCCUUUAAAGAUACAAGUAAGACGUGGCAGGUCAUUUUCCAUAAAAUUGGACGAACACUACUUCAUUGGAUCUCUGCUGCGGGACAGAUCAAUGAUCGAAAUGCCAAGGAUUGGCUGAGAUUGCUUGCACAGGCGUGCCCUCCUCCACGAAACAUUAGCAUUUAGAUGCCUCUGGGUUUUGGUUUGUUUGGGUUUCAUCUGCUGUCCUUGGUUCGUUAGCUCCUGCAGGAGUCUUGUGUAUUCUCUUGGUCUUCUUUUCCUCCCCUCUAUUUCUGUUGUUUCUGCUGUUCUUGCUUUUUUUUGGGUCCCGGUUUGUGUGUCCCUCCCCUUCCUCUUUUUGCUUCCUGAACUUGUAUACACCCCUGGUGUAUUUCCUUGGUAAUGCAUCUUCACCAUUAUCAAAAAAGAAAGAAUUCGGUGCAUGGGUAGAUUGUGAAAUCCAUGUUGAGAAUAACUCGAUGAUUUCAGGGGUUUGCUUAUGCAUAUGGGAAUGUUAGUGGCCUUGUUGUUUAGUUGUUUUCAUUAGCUGUUGGUUUCUCAGUCAUUGAUGUAUGGUAUUUAACAGAUCUCCACCUCAGAAAAGGCUUCACCGAAUCUUCCAAAUGGACACUCCACUCCACUCUCGUCUACGAAAUCUAGGCCCCAUGGGAUGUCAAUUAAUGACUCUGAUUUUGCUAGGCAUACCAUGAGCAUGCGGGCACCAGGCUCAACUUCUGCUUCCGACCAAGAGCAUACUGUUUUCACAUUCUGGUUGGUCUUCCGCCUCGCGUGCUUUAUGGGCAGUGAGUGUCAUAAAUGAAAUAUAUGCAUGGUUUCCAGCUUGUGCAUGUAUACGAGGUGAGUCGGGUAUGCGCCAUAGCCAUGGUUUCCGUACUGCCAGACUGCUGUCACAUUGAUUCAACGUCCAUGGCUCUCUGCUGGAAUUGAAGAUGUGGUGUGAACUCUUCUUCUGUAUGGUUGGUUGAUAGAUAACAAUUUCUGACUGUCGAAAAGAUGUCAAGCCCUCCGGACCCUGUUACCUUACCAGUGGACGGCGGGUAAUCAUCAAGGAAUAUAAUUGGCAUGAUUAAUUUCCAACUAUGUAGCGUGUUUGGCUCAAAAAAAUUCACGAGGUUAUGAAAUUCAUUAUCAGAACAAUGACUGUACGAGUUUCCAAGAAUAUUUUAUGGGUAAAUGAGAUUGAUU